GCCGCUAGUACCUGUUUAUGAUGACCCAAGUCAGUUGGAUGUGCUGACACCAAAUCAUAUUCUCUUAUCAAGAAAUCCUGAACAGGUUCCUGAAAUCGACGUUAGUUUAUGUGGACGUUAUUCACGACGAUGGAAACAAGGGCAACUCCUUGCCGAUACGUUUUGGAGAUGGUGGAAGCGGGUGUACUUGACGACCUUACAAUCGCGUGCAAAGUGGUUUCAACGACAUCGAAACUUACAAGUGGGAGACCUAGUACUAGUGACUGCUGAGCCUUCACCUCGCAAUCGUUGGUCAAUGGGAAUAAUUACAGGCGUUACGGCAAUCUGUGAUGGGUAUAUCAGAUAAGUGGAUAUCAAGACACCGAGGGGUAUAAUCAAC